AUGGCUAUCCACGUGGCGAGCAAGUCUCGUGCAGCCCGCUGGGCCGACAAGCUGGCCGUCGAAGAAGCAGAGUCAGGCUUGACCAGCACCCAAUUGAUGCUCACUAACCAUGAUCUGAAACCUGUGGAAAAGGAGCGGAGACAAUGGGGUCCGUGGAACUUUGUUGGCUUCUGGAUCGCCGACUCCUUCAACAUCAACACAUGGAUGAUUUCGUCCUCAAUGAUUGUCAAUGGCCUUUCGUGGUGGCAGGCGUGGAUCUGCGUCUGGGUCGGAUACGCAAUUGCCGGCUGCUUCAUUUGCCUGACUGGCCGCAUUGGGGGGACGUAUCACAUCGGUUUCCCUGUCGUCGCACGAUCAUCAUUUGGCAUUUGGGGAAGUUUAUGGCCGGUUUUUAACAGAGCAGCCAUGGCGUGUGUCUGGUAUGGUGUGCAAGCCUACAUUGGAGGACGAUGCGUCUACAUCAUGAUCCGCACAAUUUGGCUCUCCUGGGAUCGCACCAAGAUCCCCAACACCUUUUCAGACGAUGCCGCCACCACCACAGCCGAUUUUGUCUCGUUCUUCCUCUUCUGGCUCUGCUCCCUCCCGGCUAUCUGGUUCCCGGUACACAAGAUCCGCCAUCUCUUCACUGUCAAGGCUUACUUUGUUCCUGUCGCCGGCAUUGCAUUCCUGGGCUGGGCAGUUGCACGCGCUGGGGGUAUUGGCCCCAUUGUCAAUCAGGGUCACAAGGUCCAUGGCAGUGAGCUGGGCUGGCAAAUUGUCCUGGGAAUCAUGUCCUCUAUUUCGAAUUUCGCCACCCUGAUCAUCAACGAUCCCGAUUUCACUCGAUUUGCUCGCAAGCCUAGAGAUGCUCUGUGGUCCCAGCUCAUCACAAUUCCCACAGGUUUCGCCAUAACGUCUUUUAUUGGUAUAAUCGUCUCGAGCUCAUCCGAGGUUGUUUACGGAGAAGCCGUCUGGGACCCCCUCGAGCUGCUCGACAAAUUCAUCGACGACAGCAACUCCGGCCAGCGGUUUGGCAUCUUCGUCAUCGCCACCGCUUUUGCCCUCGCCCAGCUGGGUACCAACAUCGCCGCCAACUCCGUCUCGGCCGGAACAGACAUGACGGCUCUCCUCCCGCGCUUCCUCAAUAUCCGUCGCGGCGGUUACAUCUGUGCCGCGAUCGGUCUGGCCAUGUGCCCGUGGAAUCUCCUCAGCGAUAACAACCAGUUCACUACCUACCUCUCGGCCUAUAGCGUCUUCCUCAGUUCGAUUGCAGGUGUUAUGAUCUGCGACUACUAUCUUAUCCGCAAGGGCUACCUAGAGAUCAAGGAGCUCUACGAUGGGCGGAAAUCCAGCCCUUACUACUACACAUUUGGUGUCCACUGGCGGGCGUACGCAGCUUACAUCUCCGGUAUUCUGGUGAAUGUAGUCGGCUUCGUGGGACAAACGGGACGAGAAGUGCCGAUUGGCGCGCAGUACAUCUACAAUCUCAACUUUUUUAGUGGCUUCAUCGUGUCGUUGUCGAUGUACUUUGUUUUAUGCAAGCUGUUCCCGGUCCCGGCGACGAGCGACCGCUGGAUGGAAGUUAGGGAGGAACUGGAUGAUGUCCGAGUUGCGUAUGGCUCCAACGAGUAUGUUGAUGAAGAGCGAGAGUCGGGCCACAAGGCGGCAUAUGAUCCCAAGCAUUUCUGA